ACCAGGGUUUGGGCCAAGCGCUGGGCUUAGAAACCCCCCUCCCGUCUGUGCUCAGGAGUCUAGCUCAAAAUAUCAUCCAGCUGCAGAUCCCGUGCCAUAUCCUAGGGAAAAAAAGAAGCUCCAGCCAUGACUUCCAGUGCUGAUAUGGCCGAGUUUGGCCCUGCUGCCCCUUACCUGCGCAUGCCCGAAAAGGCCAGGAUUGAAUCGCAAAACCGGCCUUUUGACAUGAAGAAGGACGUAUUUGUGCCGGAUGACAAGGAAGAGUUCGUUAAGGCUAAGAUUGUUUCCAAAGAAGGUGGCAAAGUCACCGCAGAAACAGAAAGGGGCAAGACCGUGACGGUGAAAGAAGACCAGAUCAUGCAGCAGAACCCGCCCAAGUUCGACAAGAUUGAGGACAUGGCCAUGCUCACCUUCCUGCAUGAACCUGCGGUCCUCUACAACCUGAAGGAACGCUAUGCAGCCUGGAUGAUCUACACCUAUUCUGGGCUCUUCUGCGUGACUGUAAACCCCUACAAGUGGUUACCGGUCUACAACGCAGAAGUAGUGGCUGCCUAUCGGGGCAAGAAACGAAGUGAAGCCCCUCCGCACAUCUUCUCCAUCUCAGACAAUGCCUACCAGAACAUGCUGACAGAUCGGGAGAACCAGUCGAUUCUGAUCACCGGAGAAUCCGGGGCAGGAAAGACUGUGAACACCAAGCGGGUUAUCCAGUACUUUGCUGUGAUUGCUGCCAUCGGCGAUCGCGGCAAGAAAGACCAGGCAGCAGGCACCGGGAAGGGGACGCUGGAAGAUCAAAUCAUCCAAGCCAACCCUGCCUUGGAAGCCUUUGGGAACGCCAAGACCCUGCGGAACGACAACUCGUCCCGAUUUGGUAAGUUCAUCCGCAUCCAUUUUGGGGCAACAGGGAAACUGGCGUCAGCGGACAUAGAGACCUAUCUCCUGGAAAAGUCUCGGGUCAUCUUCCAGCUAAAAGCUGAGAGGAACUACCACAUCUUCUACCAGAUCUUGUCCAACAAGAAGCCAGAGCUCUUGGACAUGAUGCUGGUCACCAACAACCCGUACGACUAUUCCUUCAUCUCCCAAGGAGAGACGACGGUCCCAUCUAUCGACGAUGCAGAGGAACUGUUAGCAACUGACAGUGCCUUUGACAUCUUAGGUUUCACCCAAGAAGAGAAAAACUCCAUCUACAAGUUGACGGGUGCGAUCAUGCACUACGGAAACAUGAAAUUCAAGCAGAAGCAACGUGAAGAGCAAGCAGAGCCAGAUGGCACUGAAGAAGCGGACAAAUCAGCCUACCUAAUGGGGCUGAACUCCGCCGACUUGCUCAAGGGCCUGUGCCACCCGAGGGUCAAAGUAGGAAAUGAGUACGUCACCAAAGGACAAACGGUCCAGCAGGUGUGCUAUUCUACUGGGGCCCUGGCCAAGUCGGUCUAUGAGAAGAUGUUCAGCUGGAUGGUCACGAGAAUCAAUGCCACACUAGAAACUAAGCUACCUCGACAAUAUUUCAUUGGCGUGCUAGAUAUUGCUGGUUUUGAGAUUUUUGAUUUCAACAGCUUUGAACAGCUCUGCAUUAACUUCACUAAUGAGAAGCUGCAGCAGUUCUUCAACCACCACAUGUUUGUCCUGGAGCAAGAAGAGUACAAGAAGGAAGGCAUCGAAUGGGUCUUCAUUGACUUUGGCAUGGACCUGCAGGCCUGCAUUGACCUCAUUGAGAAGCCAAUGGGAAUCAUGUCAAUCCUGGAAGAGGAAUGCAUGUUUCCCAAGGCCAGCGAUAUGACCUUCAAGGCCAAGCUCUUCGACAACCAUCUGGGCAAGUCAGCCAACUUUGGGAAGCCCCGGAACAUCAAGGGCAAACCAGAGGCUCACUUUGCCCUCAUCCAUUAUGCUGGCACCGUUGACUACAACAUCAUCGGCUGGCUGCAGAAGAACAAAGACCCCCUCAACGAGACGGUGGUGGGGCUCUACCAGAAAUCGGCCCUCAAGCUCCUGGCAAAUCUUUUUGCCAAUUACGCUGGAGCUGAUGCACCUGCUGAGACCAGUAAGGGAAAGACCGCUCAUAAGAAGAAAGGGUCCUCCUUCCAAACUGUAUCUGCUCUGCACAGGGAGAACCUCAACAAAUUGAUGACCAACCUGCGCUCUACUCACCCACAUUUUGUGCGUUGCAUCAUUCCCAAUGAGACAAAGUCUCCAGGCGUGAUGGACAACCCCUUGGUCAUGCACCAGCUACGCUGUAAUGGAGUACUGGAAGGAAUCCGAAUUUGCCGGAAGGGGUUCCCCAACCGGAUCUUGUACGGAGACUUCAGGCAAAGGUACCGCAUCCUGAACCCAUCUGCCAUCCCUGAGGGCCAGUUCAUAGACAGCAGGAAGGGAGCAGAAAAGCUCUUGGGCUCUUUGGACAUUGACCACAACCAGUACAAAUUUGGCCACACAAAGGUCUUCUUCAAGGCAGGUCUCCUGGGGUUGUUGGAGGAGAUGAGGGAUGAACGCCUCUCUCGCAUCAUCACUCGAAUCCAGGCUCAGUCCCGUGGUGUUCUUGCCAGAAUAGAAUUCAGAAAGAUCAUGGAACGGAAGGAAUCGUUGCUUGUGAUCCAGUACAACAUCCGGGCUUUCAUGGGGGUGAAGAACUGGCCUUGGAUGAGACUCUUCUUCAAGAUCAAGCCGCUGUUAAAGAGUGCGGAAACCGAGAAAGAGAUGUUAGCCAUGAAGGAGGAAUUUGGCAAGCUGAAGGAGGCGUUGGAGAAGUCUGAAGCUCGUCGGAAAGAGCUGGAGGAGAAGAUGGUCUCCCUGCUCCAAGAGAAGAAUGACCUCCAGCUGCAAGUUCAGGCAGAGCAAGAUAAUCUUGCAGAUGCAGAAGAACGUUGCGACCAGUUGAUCAAGAACAAGAUCCAGCUUGAAGCCAAAGUUAAGGAACAGACAGAGCGCCUGGAAGAUGAAGAGGAGAUGAAUGCUGAGCUCACAGCCAAGAAGCGGAAGCUGGAGGAUGAAUGCUCUGAGCUGAAGAAAGAUAUCGAUGACCUGGAGCUGACUCUGGCCAAAGUGGAGAAAGAAAAGCAUGCAACAGAGAAUAAGGUUAAGAACCUCACAGAAGAGAUGGCUGGCCUGGAUGAAAUCAUUGUCAAGCUAACCAAGGAAAAGAAGGCUCUCCAGGAAGCACACCAGCAAGCCCUGGAUGACCUCCAGGCCGAGGAAGACAAGGUCAACACCCUUACCAAGGCCAAGGUGAAGCUGGAGCAACAGGUGGAUGAUUUGGAGGGUUCUCUGGAGCAAGAGAAGAAGAUCCGAAUGGACUUGGAGAGAGCUAAGAGGAAGCUGGAAGGAGACUUGAAGUUGACCCAAGAGAGCAUUAUGGAUUUGGAGAAUGACAAGCAGCAGCUGGAUGAAAAGCUGAAAAAGAAAGAUUUUGAGCUCAAUGCCUUGACUGCUAGAAUAGAAGAUGAACAAUCCAUAGGCAUCCAGCUGCAGAAGAAGCUCAAAGAGCUACAGGCACGAAUAGAAGAGCUGGAAGAAGAACUGGAAGCUGAACGCACCGCCCGGGCCAAGGUAGAGAAGCAGCGCUCCGAUCUUUCACGAGAGCUGGAGGAGAUCAGUGAACGUCUGGAGGAAGCUGGUGGAGCCACCUCUGUCCAGAUCGAGCUGAACAAGAAACGAGAGACUGAAUUCCAGAAGAUGCGUCGGGACCUGGAGGAGGCCACCUUGCAACACGAGGCCACGGCCGCAGCUCUGCGCAAGAAGCAUGCCGACUCAGUGGCAGAGCUGGGCGAGCAAAUUGAUAAUCUUCAACGUGUGAAGCAGAAGCUGGAGAAGGAGAAGAGUGAGCUGAAGCUAGAACUGGAUGAUGUCACCUCCAACAUGGAGCAGCUGAUGAAAGCCAAGGCCAACCUGGAAAAAAUGUGCCGAACCUUGGAAGACCAAAUGAAUGAGCACCGAACUAAGUCUGAAGAAACCCAGCGGAUGGCCCACGACCUCACCACGCAGAGAGCCAAACUCCAGACGGAGAAUGGUGAGCUGUCUCGCCAGUUGGAUGAGAAGGAAGCUUUGAUAACCCAACUCACAAGAGGGAAAUUGACUUACACCCAACAGUUGGAAGAUCUGAAGAGGCAACUGGAGGAAGAAGCUAAGGCCAAGAAUGCUCUGGCGCAUGCGCUCCAGUCGGCCCGCCAUGACUGUGACUUGCUGAGGGAACAGUAUGAGGAGGAGACCGAGGCCAAAGCCGAGCUUCAGCGCUUGCUCUCCAAGGCCAACUCCGAGGUGGCUCAGUGGAGAACCAAGUAUGAGACUGAUGCCAUCCAGAGGACAGAGGAAUUGGAGGAGGCCAAAAAGAAGUUGGCACAGCGGCUACAAGAUGCCGAGGAGGCAGUGGAGGCCGUGAAUGCCAAGUGCUCCUCAUUGGAGAAGACCAAACACCGCCUGCAGAAUGAGAUCGAAGACCUCAUGGUGGACGUGGAGCGCUCAAAUGCAGCUGCGGCCGCUCUAGACAAGAAGCAAAGGAAUUUUGACAAACUCCUAUCCGAGUGGAAGCAGAAGUUUGAAGAGUCUCAAACUGAGCUGGAGUCAUCUCAGAAAGAGGCCCGUUCACUCAGCACAGAGCUCUUUAAGCUGAAAAAUGCUUAUGAGGAGUCAUUGGAACAUCUGGAGACCUUCAAGAGAGAGAACAAGAACUUGCAAGAGGAGAUUUCUGAUCUGACGGAGCAGCUCGGAGCCAGCAACAAGAGCAUCCAUGAACUUGAGAAAGUGCGGAAGCAACUGGAAGCAGAGAAGAUGGAGUUGCAGGCAGCUCUUGAGGAGGCAGAGGCCUCUCUGGAACAUGAAGAAGGCAAGAUCCUGCGGGCUCAGCUGGAGUUCAACCAAAUCAAGGCUGACAUUGAGCGCAAGUUAGCCGAGAAGGACGAGGAGAUGGAGCAGGCCAAGAGAAACCACUUGAGGAUGGUGGAUUCACUUCAGGCGUCCCUUGAUGCAGAAACUCGUAGUCGCAAUGAGGCAAUGCGGGUGAAGAAGAAGAUGGAAGGUGACCUCAACGAGAUGGAAAUCCAGCUUAGCCAUGCCAACCGCAUAGCAGCUGAAGCUCAGAAGCAAGUCAAAACACUCCAGGGAUAUCUCAAGGACACUCAGAUACAACUGGAUGAUGCUGUCCGAGCCAAUGAAGACCUCAAAGAAAACAUUGCCAUAGUAGAACGGAGGAACAAUUUGUUGCAAGCCGAGCUGGAGGAAUUGCGUGCCGUGGUGGAGCAGACUGAACGGGCCCGCAAACUGGCUGAACAGGAACUGAUAGAAGCCAGUGAGCGAGUCCAGCUUCUCCAUACACAAAACACCAGCCUCAUCAACCAGAAAAAGAAGAUGGAGUCUGACCUGUCCCAGCUACAGACAGAGGUGGAGGAAGCAGUGCAAGAAUGCAGGAAUGCGGAGGAGAAGGCCAAGAAAGCCAUCACGGACGCGGCCAUGAUGGCGGAGGAGCUGAAGAAAGAGCAGGACACCAGCGCACACCUGGAGAGGAUGAAGAAGAACAUGGAGCAGACCAUCAAGGACCUCCAGAUGCGUUUAGACGAGGCUGAGCAGCUGGCCCUGAAGGGAGGCAAGAAGCAGCUCCAGAAACUGGAGGCCCGAGUGCGGGAGCUGGAGAACGAACUGGAGUCGGAGCAGAAGCGCAACGCAGAGAAUGUCAAAGGGAUGCGCAAGUGCGAGAGGCGCAUCAAGGAGCUCACCUAUCAGACCGAAGAAGAUCGGAAGAACCUUGUUCGCCUCCAAGAUUUGGUGGAUAAGCUCCAGUUGAAGGUGAAGGCAUACAAGAGACAAGCAGAAGAAGCGGAGGAACAAGCCAACAGCAACCUGGCCAAAUUCCGCAAAGUCCAGCAUGAGUUGGACGAAGCGGAAGAAAGAGCGGACAUUGCUGAAUCCCAAGUCAACAAACUGAGGGUCAAAAGCCGCGAUAUUGGAGCAAAGGUGAGAAUCUACACUUUUAGCCCACACACUUCCUGUGAUUUAAAUUUCUUCUGA